UCCGCCAUGGCAUACCGCAGUCAGGGCCAGAAGGUGCAGAAGGUGAUGGUGCAGCCCAUCAACUUGAUCUUCAGAUACUUGCAAAAUAGAUCUCGGAUUCAGGUGUGGUUCUAUGAGCAAGUGAAUAUGCGGAUAGAGGGCUGUAUUAUUGGUUUUGAUGAGUACAUGAACCUCGUGUUAGAUGAUGCAGAAGAAAUUCAUUCUAAAACGAAGUCAAGAAAACAACUGGGUAGGAUCAUGUUGAAAGGAGAUAAUAUUACCCUGCUACAAAGUGCUUCCAAAUAG